CAGCCAGCGACUGCAGAGUGCCGGGGCAGAAGGAACUGCAGCUUCUCCAGCAAUGCCUGAAAUCUCAGAAGUUCCAGAGCUCGAUUCCUCCAAAAUAUCGGACAAUGCUAGUAAAGCACCACCUCGACCCGAGUUCGACCCGAAAAUUAUGCGCAAAACCAAACCGGGAUUGAAGCGCCUCUUCCUUACCCACUCCGUCCUCUUCUCCUUCCUCCUAGGUUUCCCGUUCUUAUGGAAAUCCGUUGAAAUCUACCGUUCUCCACUACCGUUUCGCGAAAUUGACUCGCUCUCGACUCACCUCCGAUCCAAUACUUUACUCUUUCCGCUCCAUUUUCACGCCAUUUUCAUUGGGUUCGAUUCCGAUGCCGAUCGCCUCCGUUACUCAAUCCUCUCCGAAAUUUCCAAACUAACCUCUCAAAACCUUAAAUGCUUCAACAACUAUUCUCUCUCCGUCACUGUCGACUCCGGCUCCCGUUGCCUCCGUGCCCCCAUCACGUCGCCUCAUUCGUGUCCAUACCAGUGCGGAUCGAUCACCGCCAUUGAUUUUGAUCCGGUCGAUGACGUGGCUGUCGAUGAGAGGUUGGGGUCAGUUUUUGGCCGGAAAAUUAAGGAGUACAGCGUGGUGGUGGUGAAGGGUGAGAAUGAGAGAGCUGUUGUCGGCAAGUAUAGGCACGCGUGGAUGGUUGUUGGAGGUGGCAUGGAGGUGGAGAUGGCGGCGAUGAAGGUGGCAGAGGUGUUGGUGAAGGUGUUUGUGAAUGGAGGGAGGGAGGAAGGGUCAAUCCGGACUGAGUUUAUGCCGGUAGGAGCAGAUGGGAACAUUGUUCUUUCCUUCAAUUUGCUUAAUGCGGAUCCGCGUGAUUGGGUUUAUGAUUGGGAUUUUCAAAAGAUUGAUGAGACUUUGUUGGCUCCCAUGAUUGGGGCUUUGGGGCCUGUGGCAAACAUCAGUGUAGAGAGUCAGGUUCUGUACCAUACACCAAAGGCCUCAUUCUCUUAUUGGAAUCAAAAGUUGGAGAGCCAUGUCUUUAGUACCAAAGAUCUUCCUUUCUUUGUAAAUUCUAAUGAAUGGCACUUGGAUACUUCAAUUGCAGCUGGCGGGCGAUCAAAGAUAUUGCAAUUUGUGGUAUAUGUACCAUCUGCAAAGGAAUGCCCUCUUCUUCUCCAGUUGCCAAAUGGAGAAAUUUCUAAGACAAAUGGCUUUAUAUCUCCAAUGUGGGGAGGUGUUAUGGUUUGGAACCCCCAAAGCUGUUUAAAGAAUUCAGAAAACAAGACCACAGCCAGGCAUGCAAUUCCCCUGCAGGAUCUUGAGAACAUGUUUGAAGUAUUCAUUGGGCAGUUUCGACAACUUUUUGGUUUCCGGUCUGUCAAUGUUUAUGCUGGUGGAUCAGGCAUUUGGAACCUUGUACCUAGUGAAAGAGGUUUUACUGAAUGGGAAUUGGAUGUCUUGUCACGGCAGCACACUUGCUUUAAUCUUCAUUCAUGUGCUACAACACUUGCAUCUCUUUCAAGAUUGGUUCAAUCACUGCCAAGGAUGAUUAUUAUGGAUGAGAUAGGAAAACAGGUAAAGUAUUCUCUUGAGGCAGCAAAGCUGGCACAAAGUAAUGCUUCUAUUGGAGGAUAUGGAUUUUCAACUACUUCCUCAAGGCAAGCAAGGUCUCUGGCAGAGGAUGCCUUUUUCCACCCAUCUAUUAUGUCUGUCAGCUACUAUUCCUUUGAGCACUGUUUUGCUGUCUACUCGCCAUUCUUUCUGCCAGUUUCAAUGCAUGUCGUGCUUGCAGCUCUAAGAGAAUUGAAAAGAUAUAAGCAAGAAAAGGCAAAGUAUCUAGCUUGGAAGGCUAAAGCAAACGCAUCAUCUUGAUGGUCUCCCUAGAACAAGAUUUGGCAUCAAGCAAAGGCUCCAACAGUUGGAAAGGAUCAGGAAGAUAAGAGGAAACUGACAGUUUGGCCACAUGAGAAACACAAUUUUUGAGUCACGUUAUACAUUGCUUGUAUCUGUAGCAAUCUCCUCAUGUCAUAUACCAUGGAAAAUUUAUGGACGAUGGACAAUGCUGAAUUUGAGAGUAUUUGAACAAGUAAAAUUUUCUUGUAGC